CUGCUUUAGCUACAGCCAGCACCCUCGGCGCAAAACCGCCGCCGCCCCUCUUCCACUCUCUUCACCGGAGACCCAAUCUCCGGCCCGGCCGCCGCUUCCCGCAACAUCGAGCUCCCCGUGUCGCUGACCCUCUUCCUCCACGGCACCGCUCGUGCUUGCGGCUUCGCCGAAGACCGGAGCCCCCAGCAGGAGAUAAGGGUUUGCUGUGGAAAGUGGAGAGAUUUGGAACACGGGCAGCCAUGUCGUUAACUGAUGAUCUGGUGGUGGAGAUUUUGUCUCGGCUGCCACUGAAGUCCUUUUGCCGCUUCAAAUGUGUCUGCAAGUCUUGGCUUACGUUAUCAUCUGAUCCACACCACCGCCAGAAGUUUCCAAGAAGUCCUGUUGGUAUACUCUACCAAAUACCUGAGGAUGGCACUGGCAUCCAUCUCGCUGAACUUCCCUCAAGUGACAAAGAAAUUGACACGACACUCAGCUUUGUGCCAUGUUAUGAGUACCUAGAACUUAUGAGUUGCAGCAAUGGCCUACUUCUUUGUUAUCAUGGUGGUAUUACAACAUAUCUUGCCGACAUAUCCCACGUUAUUGUGUGCAAUCCAGCAACUGAAGAGUGGAUGUCACUUCCAAAUACUCAACCUGGACCGGCAGACUCUGAGUAUGACCUCAUGUUAUGCUUUGAUCCAUCAUGGUCCCAACACUUCAUUGUCUUCACCUUUCAGUCAGUUUCUUCCCUAUAUGGUGAAUACUCCACUGAAGUUAAGAUAUUUUUCUCGAAGGAUUCCACAUGGCAUGGUUGUCACUGGGAAAGGGACUCUGGAUUUUAUAGUACCGAGCGCUUCCUAAACGGAGUGUUGUAUGUGAGCCAUGUAUGUGAGCAUAUCCUGCUGGCAAUCGAUGCACCUGACACAGGUACACAUUGGCUCAAUCAGAGGAUCAUUCACCUGCCAGGAUUUCCAAAUGGGCCAGACAUGUUUGAUUGUUGUGAUGGGUGUUUGUGCGUGUCAUCGGGGGUCUUAUGCUACGCACAACAGGAACUGCACGGCUGUAAGAUGCGGAUUUGGAGUUUGGAAGGCCCUGACAGGUGGGUGGUGAAGCAUCGCCUAAGCAUGAACGGCGUAUUCGGGAGGGACUUGUCGCUCUGCAGUAACCGUGAAGGAUUUUUGUGCUUUGAUUUUGACAUCCAGGCUUUUGACUUGGAGAGGGAUCUGGUUAUCCUUGUUGACAAAGUUACUGACAAGAUAAUCUCAUUCAGCAUCAGUACCGGAAAAGCCUCAGAGAUGAUGAAGAUUCCAAGGUUCGGUGAGCUGUAUCGACGUAUAUUCUAUGUGCCGUACUACUGCAAGUUUCCAGCUUUAAUUAGGGGUUGAAGGGGCUCAAGAUGUGAAGUUUAUACUAUGUAUAUUAUGCUACUGUGGAUGCUAUACUUUCUAAGCAUCUUCUCUGCAUUAGCUGGACCAAAUAUCUAGAUUGUUCGCUUUGUGUGCCAUUUGUCUGGAAGGUACUGUAGCUGCCUUUUCUGCCUGUCAACUCUGAUCAAAUCUAUGCUUGAUUAAUAUGGGGAAAAACUUAACUGCAGAUUGAUUAACAUUGUUGCCUUGAUGUUAUUAACAUGUGCGGAGACAUGAAUAAAUACUCUGGCCACAUGGGUGGAAUUGCUUGCUCA